GCCGUUUACUCACCUCAGCCAAGAUUGUUUUGUUUAUAAUCUGUACAAUGAUGUGCCAAAUCGUUCAUUUAGUGUAUUUUUAUUGGGUCAUUAGAAUAUGCUGCCAUAUGUGGUAAUAUUUCUCUAGGAGCUGAUCCGUGCACUAUUGAAAAAUAAUUAUAGGGAGAAAGCAGUGCUGCGUUUUUAAAAAGUUUUUAUCCUAUCAGUAUCGAAACAUGCUCCAAUGACGCACGGCGACAGUUCUCUCUGCGUAGUGUUUUGGGAAACACAUGAUCCAUCUUCGACUGUUGAAGGAAAAAUGCAUCGUUAAAACACUCGUAAGCCUAAAUUCGGGAAACCGUGCCCAGGUUAGGUGUACGUGUAUCACCUUUUCAGUUCAAGAAACGGGUUUCUAUAUUUGCCCCAAUGUAUGUAUAGUUUUUCCUGGUGGGGUAUCCGUAGUUGGUGAUACGCAUUGUGAAGAAGAAUGUUGAUGUUGUCAAAGUUGAAGAGGAAGACUCCGUGGUAAAACAAACUUCAAAUCGUGUAAUUUGCUUGUCUUGGCUGGAGACUGAGUGAAGGAUCAUGGGUAACACAGGUGACCGGAUGUCCGGUGAUCGCCAUGGCGCUAAGGCCCAUCGAUCGGACAGCAGAGGCAGCGACAAAGACCAUGAGCCCAGCAAGAUGGUGGACAGCACAGACGAUCCUAACAUCUUCAACACACACGGACUGGGGUCCUCCAAGGCGUCGGACAAGGAGGAGCCUGACCUGGAUGACUUGGUGAAGACAGGGCCUCAGUCCAGGCCUACAGUCAUCCGCUGGGCCGGAGGAGGGAAGGAGGUCUACAUCGCGGGCUCCUUCAACAACUGGGGCAACAAGAUCCCCCUCAAUAAGAGCCACAAUGACUUUGUAGCGAUCCUGGACUUGCCAGAAGGAGAGCACCAGUACAAGUUCUUUGUGGAUGGACAGUGGGUCCAUGACCCCUCAGAGCCAGUGGUGACCAGCCAGUUGGGCACCAUCAACAACCUGAUCGAGGUGAAGCAGUCGGACUUUGAGGUGUUCGAUGCUCUGCAGGUGGACUCUCUGGAGUCCACUGACACCUCAGAUCUGUCUAGCUCCCCUCCAGGGCCCUAUGGACAGGAGCAGUACAUGUUUAGGCCUGAGGAACGCUUCAAAGCCCCGCCCAUCCUCCCCCCACACCUCCUCCAAGUCAUCCUCAACAAGGACACCAACAUCUCUUGCGACCCAGCCUUGCUGCCUGAACCCAACCACGUGAUGCUCAACCACCUUUAUGCUCUCUCAAUAAAGGAUGGAGUGAUGGUGCUCAGUGCGACUCACAGAUAUAAGAAGAAGUACGUCACAUCUCUGCUAUACAAGCCCAUCUAACCUGUCUGUGUAGGUGCAGAGUGCUAUAGAGGGCGGCAUGUUAAAACAGUACUGGGUUUAACCAUUGUGUAGCUGAGAUUGCACUAAACUAACAGUUUACUGAUGAGCUGGGGGCCUGUGGCUGAGACUGGGGACAAAUCUCAAAAGACACCCUUUUCCUUGUACAGUGACCUACAGGGCUCCACAAAGGGCUCAAAGUAAUGCACUUGAUGGGGAUAGGGUUUCAUUUGAGUCUCAGCGUGUGACCCUCACAAGGGAAAAUACUUAGCAUUCACAGUUUGAUCGCGAUAAGAAAAGGGACUGAGAAGGAAACUACUUUGUGUGUUUGUGUGGAGCACUUAGAUUCUUUGCAUGUGGGUGUGUAGAAAGAACAUUUAGUUCCAUUAAAAACAUGAAGGCUUGAAGAAAAGUCUUCUGAUGGAACUUGGAAAUGCAUAUAAUCAAGAUUAUGUUUUAUUAAAUGAGCUUUUAAAGGAUAUGAACACGGAAAGAGGGCCGUUGAAUGUUGCUGGCUUGGAUUAUCGUACGCUCCCAUUUUUUCUCCAUAUUAUUACUGUAGUUGGACAAUAACUGGAGUAAUUGGAGGUUCAUGCAGGGUCUUCCUUGUUUGGUCCCAAUGGGUCGAUCACCACUAAUCGAACCAUGAUAUGCAAUUGGAUAGGCUGUAAAUUGAACUGAAUUGUAUUGAAGUCAAAGUAUAAGAAACAAUGGGUAUUAUAUAGUAUAGCCCGUUUAAGCCCAUCCCACUGGGCACACACUCGCCAAAUCAACUUUGUUUCCACAUCAUUUCAAUGUUAGUACGUCUGUGCUCAUUGGGAUAUGAUUCACACUUUUGAAAAUGUGAAAAUCCCUUUAAACUACUGUAGAGGCCUCAUAUUAAUUAGAGUAUAUUAACUAGGGGUUCUUGUUGUGGGAUGUUGGACCGUGGCUGUAGACCUGUGCUUAGUGCUGCUAUUGUCUGUAUGACACGAUGCUGCCAGCACUUUAGUUACCCACCCAUGUGUCUCCAACAAUGCUUAGAGCAGGACUGUUGACAUAAGCUUUUAACUAUGCAGGUAUACAGAAAAAUAUUGUAUAGUAGCUUUAUAUUGGACUGCAUUUUAUAGGCCUAGAUACAGAAAUGGCUGUGCUUCGUGUGUUUCUCUCUCUAGCCCAUAUUUAUCCAAUAGGAAUCCAUUUGUCUGUGUGCCAUAUUUAGAGCUUACACUCCCAAAUACUGGUUUGUCUUGAAUGUUGUGGAGGAAUUGAAUGUCUAGUACGAACAGUUUACUGUAGAAUAUGUGGUGGAUUUCACAACUGUGGUCUUAUUAUGGAUUGCAAUCAAGAUUCAAAAUGUCAUUCAGUAAAGUAUAAAAUGGCCAAUAUGGAUUUCAUAAGAAUGUGAAAAAGCGUAAUUUACUUUCAUCAAGAUUGUUACGUUUGAGUGUUCUGUGAAUCGAACUUCAAAUGUUUGACCAUACACCAUUUCAUAUUUGUACUUUGUAAGAGUACUGUACCUGUUGCUUGUGAUACUGGGCUGAUAUGUAGGUAAUAUACUCCAAAGAGAGAGAGUGUGUGUGUGUGUGUGUGUGUGUGUGUGUGUGUGUGUGUAAUGAGAUUUUAUUUGAAGAAACAGAGUAAAGAUACUUACUGAAAGCCAUAUCUCACUCUGAGACUAUACACUGGAACACCUUCCUAGUAUUGAGUUACUCCUCGCUUUGCCCUCAGCCUCAGUUCGUCAGGGCAUGGCCAUGGACUCUACAAUGUGUCAAGUGUUCCACAGGGAUGUUGAUACCAAUGCUUCCCACAGUUGUGUCAAGUUGGCUGGAUGCCCUUUGGGUGGUGGACCAUUCUUGAUACACACGGGAAACCGCUGAGCGUGUAAAACCCAGCAGCGUUGCAGUUCUUGACACACUAAAACCGGUGUGCCUGGCACCUACUACCAUACCCAGCUCAAAGCUACUUAAAUCUUUUGUCUUGCUCAUUCACCCUCUGAAUGGCCCACAUACACAAUCUGAAUGGCCCACAUACACAAUGUCUCAAGGCUUAAAAAUCCAUCUUUAACCUGUCACUUCCCCUUCAUCUACACUGAUUUGAAGUGGAUUUAAUAAGGGAUUAUAGCUUUCACCUGGAUUCACCUGGUCAGUCUGUCAUGGAAAGAGCAGGUGUUCCUAAUGUUUUGUACACUGAGUGAACGAUAUGUGAUAUUCUGUAACUUGAUUAGGUAAAAACAAAACUUGAAUUUUAAAUCUGUUAGCUAACAUGUUUUUUUUCCCCAAAAUGCUUUGCAGCAUCAUUGUAAGCCAAGUACUGUAGAAGGUUGUUUCUGUUGUUUGCAAAUAAAAAGGGAAGACAUGUUGACUCUAAA